UCCAGGAAAGGUGAACACUGCUGACCCUCCUCCAUCCUGUAGCUGACUGCUCCCUCCACACCUCACCCAGGCACAGCCUCCAUGCAGAGAGCCAAUCGCUCAGCUGUGUCCGAGUUCAUCCUCAUCGGCUUCUCCACCUUCCCCCACCUCCAGCUGAUGUUCUUCCUGCUCUUCCUGCUCAUGUACCUCUUCACGCUGCUGGGCAACCUGCUCAUCAUGGCCACCAUCUGGGGCGAGCGCAGCCUCCACACCCCCAUGUACCUCUUCCUGUGCGCCCUCUCCAUCUCCGAGAUCCUCUACACCUUGGCCAUCAUCCCCCGCAUGCUGGCUGACCUGCUCUCCGCCCACCACUCCAUCGCCUUUGUCGCCUGCGGCAACCAGAUGUUCUUCUCUUUCACAUUUGGCUUCACCCACUCCUUCCUGCUCACCAUCAUGGGCUAUGACCGCUACGUGGCCAUCUGCCAUCCACUGCGCUACAACAUGCUCAUGAGCCCCCGUGCCUGUGCCUGCCUGGUGGCCUGGUCCUGGGCAGGUGGYUCUGUCAUGGGGCUGGUGGUGACAAUGGCCAUUUUCCAUCUCACCUUCUGUGGACCCAAYGAGGUCCAMCAYUUYKYYUGCCACGUCCCACCCCUGUUGAAGCUGGCCUGUGGGGAGGAUGUCCCAGUGGUGGCCAAAGGUGUGGGCCUGGUGUGCAUCACGGCCCUGCUGGGCUGCUUCCUCCUCAUCCUCCUCUCCUACACCUUCAUCGUGGCCGCCAUCUUGAGGAUCUCAUCAGCAGAGGGGCGGCACAAGGCCUUCUCCACCUGUGCUUCCCACCUCACAGUGGUGAUCGUGCACUACGGCUUUGCCUCUGUCAUCUACCUCAAGCCCAAGGGACCACAGUCCCUGGAAGGAGACACCUUGAUGGGCAUCACCUACACGGUCCUCACGCCCUUCCUCAGCCCCAUCAUCUUCAGCCUCAGGAACAAGGAGCUGAAGGUCACCAUGAAGAAGACCUUGCUCAGCAAACUCUACCCAGAAAAAAUAUGAUGCUCUGGGAGGAGUCCCUUGGAGUAACUAAAUUGGGUUUCCAAAUUCCACUGUUAGAGAUGA